CCACUUGUCGAGCUGACCCCACUGCAGUCCGCACCUGGCGCUGAUCAAGAACGGAGGAUGCGCAUUCGGUCUGCCCAUUCCACACCCACCCGUGUGUAUCUGCACCUUCUGAUGGUGUGGCUGCCACUUUUGGCAGUUCACGCCACGCCCGCCAUAAGUCCGCAGUCGCUGCGCGGCAUCAUCUUCCCCAAGGAAACCUUCGAUGAGUGCCAACUGGACGACGUGGCGCGGACGAAGGGCACCUGCCGGCGCAUGGAGGAAUGUCCCAGUGCCCUCAACGGCUGGCUGGAGCGUCGCGAAUCGCCCAAGACCUGCUACUUUGUGAGGUUCGACCACUACGUGUGCUGCGCCCCAGCUGCAGCUCCAAUUGUCACCCGAUCCAGCCAGCAGGCCUGCAACGAACUGAACAAGGUGUCAAAGGUCAAAGAGGGCGACGAGUUCUUCGUGUCGGUGGUGGGCGGCAAGCCCACCCGUCCGCGGGAGUUCCCCUUCAUGGCGGCACUGGGCUGGCGCUCGAACUUCGAUCAGCGGAUAUACUACCGAUGCGGCGGCGCCCUGAUCGCCAACAACUUUGUGCUGACCGCAGCCCACUGUGCCGACUUGGGCGGUGAGCCACCCAGCCAGGUGCGCCUCGGUGGCGACAAUCUAACCCUGACCGAGGGCGAGGAUAUAAGCAUUCGGCGCGUGAUCAUCCAUCCGGAUUACAGUGCCAGCACGGCGUACAACGAUAUAGCGCUGCUGGAACUGGAGACGGCGGCCAAGCCGGAACUGAAGCCCACCUGCAUCUGGGCGCAGAAGGAGGUGGCCAACACGCUGGUCACGGCCAUUGGCUAUGGGCAGACCAGCUUCGCCGGCCUAUCCUCCGCGCAGCUGCUGAAGGUGCCGCUGCAGAGCGUGAGCAACGAGGAGUGCCAGCCGCACUACCAGAAGGAUCAGCUGGCCCAGGGCGUGCUGGGCACGCAGAUGUGCGCCGGCGACAUAACCGGCGAGCGGGACACCUGCCAGGGCGACUCCGGCGGACCGCUGCUCAUGCAGGACGGCCUGCUCGGCUAUGUGGUGGGCAUCACAUCGCUGGGACAGGGAUGCGCCAGUGGCCCGCCAUCGGUCUACACCAGGGUCUCCAGCUUCGUCGACUGGAUCGAGGGCAUUGUGUGGCCGGUGCAGCAGGUGACGAACACACCGAAGCCCAUCCAGAUGGCGACCAGUCCCGAAUUCGAUCUGCGGGCGACGAUCUGAGUUUUGCUUUUGACAACUUCAUAUAUACAGGAAUAGAUCUACAAGAUGAUCCAGCAAGAAAUUAUUUGAAUAUUUAAACAUACAUAUGUGUGUUAGGCAAAUCAACCAAUUUCAAGAUGACGCAUGGGAAAUAUUUAUUUAUGAGCUCGUUUAGUGUUUAAAACUUUAUUUAAACUUACCCGUAAGCGAAAGCCAACUGCAUAUCAGCGCAUAUCGAAUCAACAAUUGAGAUUUAAAUAAACAGAACAAUAUUUAUAGCAA